AUGUUGACCCAAGGGACUUGGAGCAAGGCUCACAUUUUGCUGCUGGAAGAAGUCAGGAACAUGUCAGAAGAACUUGCGCUCUGUCAAGCAGAUGAAGAGUUUGCCUGGUCUUUGUGGAAACGCCUUCAAGUUGCCAACCCAGAUCUGACACAGGCAGUUAGUUUGGUUGUGAAAAGAGAGAAACAAAAGGCAGAGGCCAAAGACAAAAAAGUAUUGGAGAUUCUGCAAGUCAAAGACAACAAAAUACAAGAGCUGCAGCAGACAGAUUCCCUAAUUAAACAGGAAAUAAACAACCAUGUUCAACGAAAGAUAGCAGUAGAUGAAGAAAACAGCUUAAUGAAGAAAGAGCUGGGCUUUCAGCAAAAAUUGGAGGAUAAAAGUCAGGAACAUAAGGAUGUUAAGGAGCAAACCAAGAAGAAAGAAGACGAACGCUGGCUUGUUGUGAGGAAUGUGGAGGAGGAAAAGAAAGGAUUAAACACAUGCUGCUCUGACCUGCUAAGUGACCUGGAGAAACUGCAGAAGCAGGUGGCCCACUGGAAAGAGGAGAAAUCUGGCAUUGAGUCUAAAGUAAAGGUAUUAGAAGAGGACAUUAAGGAAACCAGGCAACAUGCAGAAGACCUCCAUAAGAAAAUGAAUGAACUAUCUUCUCAACUUGCUACCAAACACACUGAGUGGCCAAGCAGAUAUUGAUGAAGGAGUUACUAGAGAUUCAGAAUCUUUAUAAGCAGAGCGCAGAGCAUGCAGCUCAGCAGGCUGAACUGAUUCAGCAAUUGGAAGGCCUCAAUCUGGAAACGCAGGUGGUGCUGCAAAGAUGCCCACACAACAGAGACAAUAUCAUAU